AUGGGCAAGCCAGGGCUGGGCAUCUUCACCGCCCGCCGCAAGUCCCAGGGCAAUGCCUUUGACCAGGUCGACGUCACCGCCAGUCCGAGCCCCGACACUGCGGCAUCUGCCCACGCGGAUCCAGGCGGCUUUCGCCUCUUGAGCAGGACCGAGGUCGACAAGGCCAACGAACGCAGGAAGACACAGGAGAAGGAGUCCAAGUCAUCCAAGUUCCCGCGCUUCAGCAGCUUCGGCGCUGCUGCGCACAAGGGCCGCAAUCAUUCUUUCGACGACGAAUCUCCAGGCUCCUCAAAGCGCGAUAGCAAGUCCAGCAGUGGAACUCAGUUUUCUACGUCGCGGCCUUACACAAACGGCCAGCAUGGAUCGACGUCGACCCUCCCGUCCUCUACCGACACCAGCUCUGACGACAAUCUCUUCGCCAACCUCCCCCGGCCCCAAAUACCCCAAAAUAACAGCUCGUCGAGCUCGUAUUCAAUCAAGAGCAUGCGCAAGACCCUCCCCUCGGUGCCCAAGCCUAGUUCAGGGGUAUCCUACCAGGACCAAUUGCCAUCCGACUCCAACACCAGGCAUCGUGCAUUGACGACAUCGAGCUACGCAAGCACCGCCGUCCCGCCCAAGCUCAACGACGAUCUCGACUUUGGCGGUUCGUCCUUCGGGGACGACAUGUUUAGCGGUCUGAACCGCAAGUCGCCCGAGUUGCCAAGAGACGUUGCCGGCCGCUCGCUGCUUUCGGAAAAGCGCACAUUCCAGGCAGAGCCCAUCAAGAUCCACCCCCAUCUUCAAGUCGAGGCACCUUUAAAGAGCUGGGACAGCCAUGGUUCUGCUGACAACCUGAUGUCUCCCCCACGCUCCGACGACGACUCGCCCCCUCCGCCUCCGCCCCUGCACAAGUACAACCCCUACGCGCCCGUCGCUUCCGAGAGCCCUACCCUGCACUCGUCCGCCACCUUUCAAGACGCCGAUGCCCAACACGUACGCAAAUCUUUCAUGGAAAGAAAGACGUACCGGGAAAGCUCGCCUGAGCCACAACCAAUUUCCAUCUCGUCAUCCGCAAACUCGUACGAAACACCUCUCUCGUCCCGGUCGGCCUCGAGUAGGACAAACAACACAACACCGCGGGCUGCAUUCCCACCAAAAGCCCCCGUAUACCCAGACACCGACGAGGAUGACUUGUUUACCCCGGUCAAGGUUACACCCAGGCCCCAGCCUAGGCCCACGCCGAGUCCUACAGCCCCAACCAUAACCGAGUAUAAUCCUGCACCUACACCUGCACCUGUAUCAGCACCAACACGAGCACCUUCAGCUACCUCUGCGGGAAAUGCAAAUGGGCGUGUGAUGACACAAGCAGAAUUUCGCGAGUACCAAAAACGGCAAAUGUCGAAGCCCUCUGCAGAUGAGAGCUCGGAUGAGGAAGACUACGAAGACGAAGAGGAGGCCAUCAAGAAGCGGGAGGAAGAAGAGAUUAUGAGGCGCAAGAACCAACAAAUGCACUUUGCACGAGAAGCUAUGCGUCGCUCCACUACAGCGCCCGGGAAUCCAGGCGGCUCUGGGAGUGUAGCAGACGGCUUCAGCAUGGGCUUCCCUUCAGAAACAUCAAUCAAGGCAGACGAAUGGGAAGACGAAGACAUACCACUCGGCAUUCUUGCGCAGCAUGGGUUCCCCAGUCAAGCACGCAGUCGAUUCCCAACUCAACCAGCUAACCCGACGCCCUCGUACUUCCCAGAGCGUCCGGCUUCUGCUGGUGUCAUGAGCUACCGUGCCUCACAGGCAAACCUGCCUGCCUUUGCGAGGAAUCUGCCCGCGGAUCCCUAUAUCGGAGGCGGAUUGGUCCGACCCUUGAACCGAGAAUCGAUGGGUUUCAACAGCUUUGGCCAAGGCCCUGCGUCUAUUGCUGGCGAUUCUGUUGCGAGUGGCAUGGGCAUGGGCUCCCCUUUGGUGUAUCAGGAUGCUGGCAUGUCGCAGCCGUCUCUAGUGGACCAGAUUCAGAUGCGGGAUAUGACGAAGCAAAAGUAUAUGGGCGGUGCAUCCGCCAAGAAGCCACAGGGCGGACCCUUCACUGGCAUGCUAGGACAGCAGAUGAACUCAUCUGGCCAGCCACAAAACCCCAUGCGCGUGUCGCCGAUGCCAAAUAAUCCCAUGAUGAAUAUGAUGGGAGGCCAAAUGCCCAUGAUGGGCAUGGGCAUGAAUAUGAACCCGAUGGGGUACCCGCAGGAUCAAUACUCACAAAUGCAGCAAUUCCAGCAGAUGCAGCAAAUGAUCGCCAUGCAGCAAAUGCAGCUCCAGCAGAUGCAGCAAAUGCAGCAAGACCCACGCAUGUCCACGUCUUCGCCCAGUAACGGCUUCCAGGGCAACAUGAUGGGCAAUGGAAGUUUCCUGGGCGUACCCGGGCAGCAAAAUCGCGCCAUGUCGUUCAUGUCCAGCAACGGAAAUCAGCAACAGCGUUCCAUGUCUGGCUUUGCGGGUGCUGGCUAUACGCCCUCGAUUGCACCGUCGGAACGAUCCAAUAUCGGUCUUUCUGCUAGAUAUCGCCCCGUAGUGAAUCACUCGGAUUCGAUAUCCAACGGCACUUCAAUGACACUCCAAGCCACGGGUGGGGCGAACCAGGGCAAGCCUGCUGUGAUUAAGGGCAUUUUGAAGAAGGGCAGCCCACAACCGAACGCGCACGACGAGGAGGAGGAUUGGGGCAAGAUGGCAGCAAGAAAAACAACGUCUGCAAAGGGAAAGGAGAAUGAGGGAUCCGGCCUCGAGGAGCUCACCCGUGGUCUAAGACUUUAG